AAAUCUACAGUAUUGUAAAGAGUAUUUGUGGAGAUUGGUGAACGUAACAAAUGAAAGUCAUCAGGGUGCGGAGACAAUGUCUGGAAGAGGAUAAUGGGAUUUAAACCUGUAAGCACUUAAAUCCCUUAUAUCAGCAACAAUGAUCGGUGCUGCUUCCUGUGGUUGAUCAGGGGUCUGACUCUAUUACAUGUCUGUAAUAACGGAGUACACAUAGCACCUCUACACUCAUAGUAACCAGUGCAUCUGCCUGGCCAAGAGGACACUGGCACCAUGAACAAGCUUAAGGGCCGGAGGCAAAGCCUGUUCCCCAAUUACAAACUUGGGGUCACAGCCCCUGCUCCCAAGGAUCCUGAAGACUCUGAACUUCCCUUUGGCCAACACAGCUGGGUGAAACCAUGGAAUUCAAUGCAUGAGCUAAGUGGGGAUAUUUAUGAUGUUUAUGCGGAGUAUGACGAUGAAGAAGAUGAUAAACCAAUGUCCACCUCUAAUAAACUGUCCUCUUCAACUAAAAAUUACAUGCUCAACAUCAAUGUGGGAGGCAAGGUCUACCAGAUCUCUUACAAGGUUGCAGCAAAAUAUCCCAAGACAAGAAUUGGCCGCCUUGCAACAUAUACUGACCACAGCAGGAAACUUGACCUCUGUGAUGAUUACACUGUGCAGAACAAUGAAUUUUUCUUUGACCGUGACCCAGACAUCUUCCACAACAUCUUUAACUUCUAUAGAACUGGAGUGGUCUGGAUUAAAGAUGAGUUAUGUCCACGCAAUUUCUUGGAAGAGAUCAACUACUGGGGGGUUCGCAUCAAGAAUACCCAUCGAUGCUGCCGCAUCUCAUUUGAGGAACGUCAAGAUGAACUCAAUGAACAGCUGAAGGUGCAAAGGGAGCUACAAGCAGAGGUGGAAACUGAGGAACAUGAGGACCGAUUUCAAGAUAUGGCUUUUGGGCAUUCACGUUUCCUCAUUUGGAAUAUGAUGGAGAAGCCCUUCUCGUCAGUCACAGCCAAGCUCAUGGCAGUUGCAUCCAGUUUCUUUGUGCUGGUAUCACUUGUGGCUAUGACUCUUAACACAGUAGAAGAAAUGCAGUAUACAACUACAACUGGCCAGCUGAGUGGAAAGACCUACUGUGAGUAUGUAGAGACUUUCUGCAUUGCCUUUUUUACUAUGGAGUAUCUUCUCCGACUUGUGUCCACACCUGAUCUCAAACACUUUGGAAAAAGCAUGUUAAAUGCUGUGGACCUGAUUGCAAUUCUUCCAUUAUAUCUUCAGAUGAUCCUAGAGUGUUUUGAGAAUGACAACUAUAGGAAACAUGGAAGUGACAUAGAGACUGUUGGACGAGUAGGUAAAUUGGGUCAGGUUCUACGUAUCAUGCGUCUUAUGCGGAUCUUUCGUAUCCUAAAACUAGCACGUCACUCUACUGGACUUAGAGCCUUUGGCUUUACACUCCGGCAAUGUUAUCAGCAAGUGGGAUGCCUUUUCCUCUUUAUUGCUAUGGGAAUUUUUACCUUCUCUGCCAUGGUGUACACCGUAGAACAUGAUGUGCAUCAAACGAACUUCACCAGCAUUCCACAUGCAUGGUGGUGGGCAGCUGUGAGUAUCUCCACUGUGGGCUAUGGUGACAUUUUUCCAGAGACUCAUCUGGGCAGGAUUUUUGCAUUUGCCUGCAUCUCUUUUGGCAUUAUUCUCAAUGGAAUGCCAAUCUCAAUCCUAUUCAACAAAUUCUCAGACUACUAUACAAAGUUGAAAGCCUAUGAAUACACCUCCGCUAUAAAGAAUCGAGGAAAAGUAAGGUUUGUAAAAAGAGCUGCAAAGACAUUUGAGGAACACUUCUAGAAUGCUUUGUGUUACCACUUAUUCACUCUCAUACUGGGUACAAUUGUAUUGUUUUAAAGCUGCUGAAUCAAAGCUGUAAAAAAAAUCUUUAUUUUAAAGACUGCUAUUUUAGAUGUCCACCUUCCUCAGGAAAUAUUUCUAAAUAGUUAAAAGUUGGGUUUUGUGUGUGUGUGUGUGUGUGUGUGUGUGUGUGUGUGUGUGUGUGUGUAUAUGUAUGUACACACACACAUACUAGGGAUGCACCGAUACCGGUAUCGGCCUUGAUACCACAUUUUCUAAAGUACUCUUACUCGUUUAAAGUCCCCCGAUACCUGGAAUCGAUACCACGGUCUGAGAAAUGUCUUUGAGCGGCGUGUAAGGGGUUAAUGCCUCUUGUGUUGUCCAAAGAGGCAGAGUUUACAACAAACUAGAAAACUAGUCCUUUGUUUUUUUGUUAAAAUAUAUGAUUAAAGCUGUUACCUGUAAAUUUAAAUCAUGUUUUUUUUUAACUACUCUGUAUCGGCAAGUACUGAAAUGCAUGUACUCGUACUCAUACUCGUAUUUUAAAAAAGUGGUAUCGGUGCAUCCCUAAUAUAUACACACAUACAGAGUUGAACUCAAAAUGUAUUCUUUACCAGGAUUUCUGAAUGUAUCACAAUUCUUUAUGGGUAAUUCAUAAAAAGUUACAUCUUAAAUACCAAUUGUGGUAUUUGGGGAAAAGCCUGCAUUUUAGAGUUGUUACAAAUCUUGUGAUUAAAAUUGUUAAUUAUCUUAGAUGACUUGAGGCGAGCUUAGUUUUAUUUAUGCAUGCCAUGAUUUUGAUGUGAAAUAAGACCCAAGAUCCAGGUUUAAUAACAUUUACCAACAUGUAUGGUAAAGAUCUUAAACUAAAUAAUAAAGACAAAGCCAGAUA